AUGGUGCGUGGGCAAGGAUACGAUGGAGCUAGCAACAUGAAAGGUAAUGCUAAUGGCCUGAAAAAACUGAUCAUGGAUGAGUCUCCUUCUGCCUACUAUGUUCAUUGUUUUGCCCAUCAACUACAACUAACUCUGGUUGCUGUUGCUAAGGAGAGUGGUGAUUGUACUUGGUUCUUUCAACAACUUGCAAACUUGUUAAAUGUUCUUGGCAUGUCUUGCAAGAAGAUGAGGAUGCUUCGGAUUGCUCAAGCCGAAGAACUGAUAGCUGCAUUGGAUUUGGAAGAAGUGGAAACAGGGACUGGGCAGAAUCAGGAAAUGGGUUUGGGAAGGCCAUGUGACACACGCUGGGGCUCUCACUUCAGAACUGUGAACCGUGUCCUAUCAAAUUAUGCUGCAAUAAAACGAGUCCUUAGGAAGAUUGGAGACGAAUACCAUGGCGCAGAGGCUCAAGCGGCUCUAACUGUGGAGACAUCCUUUGUGUCAUUUGAGUUUGUUUUCAUGGCACACUUGAUGCAGGAAAUCUUUGGAUACACAGAUGAUUUGAGCAGAGCUUUGCAAAUGAAAGAGCAAGAUAUAGUUCAUGCUAUUGAGCUAGUUGAUUGCACAAAGUUUUACUUGCAGGCAUUGAGGUCUGAUCCUGGAUGGGACGAUUUUCUUGUAACGGUAACAUCUUUCUGUACAAAGCAUAGGGUCAAAGUUGUUGAUAUGAAUGCUCGUUACGAUCCAGUUGGGCGACCUAGAAGAGUUGGUAUCCAUAACGGUGCAGAUAAUUACCAUCGCUUCCAUGUUGAUAUGUAUGUGAGUGUCAUUGAUAGGCAGAUUUCUGAGCUGAAUGGCAGAUUUGAUGAGAUCAUGCUCCGGCUAAUAAGGCUCACAGUGCCCGCGCUCUCCGGCGCCGCCGCACUCGCCGACGACGCUCUUUUGAUCGCGGUGGUCAUCAUGUGCCUGCCCAUGCCGGUCCUCGAGGUCUCUGGCACCACCACGGGCAUCACCGUAGAUGCCGCGGAUGACGAUGCUAGGGCUGACGAGAACGUGACGCCGUACGCACAGAUAAAAUUCUAA